AUGAUCGUUGUGCGGAACUUCCGUCCAUGCUCGAACAAGACGAUGUACGAGACGACAGAAGCACUGGAAGGUCGCAGUGCCAAAACGCGUGUAGAUGAACAUGAUAACAUGAAGAAGCACCUCUUCGUUGCCGGUGGGACCAAGUGGACCCCCGUCAUUGUGUGUCAACUCGGGCUGCUUUUUAUGCCAUCGAUGGUGUAG